GUUUAUAUUUUAGUGAAAGAGCGAGAGCGAUGAUACUGUCGGAGUCUGCUUUUUCAUGGAGGAUCCGCCUUUUUCGGUCCCCAUAAUCCUACUACACUACCACUUCCCCAUGUCAUUUUCCUAAUCCAUCUCCAUCAUCAAAUAUUUCCACUCUAAAUUUCAACACCAUGAGAAAACAUUGGCUGCUCUGCAAGGUUCCUGACGGUGAUUAUAAUGCUACUACCAAACACUCUUCAAGUUCUACCACCAACACAAAGUCCGCCGGAAAAUCAAGAAAAAGAGGUGGAGUCAGACCCACGUCUUCUUCUUCCUCAUCCUCAUCGGGUGGUUGCAUGAGUGCCAUUUUUCAUCUCUUUGAUAUUCAACACCAUCAUUUUCCCUUUCGCCAACCUUCCUUGAUCAUCUCCGAUUCUUCCAUAAAUAUCCCUCAAGAACCCAACUUUAUCCUCAAAGGCGUGGAAGCACCCAGGAACAGCUUGGAGUUAGAGGAACAAGAACCCAAUGUCCAAGAAGCUGCUUCUUCUUCAUCAUCAUUGUCAAAAGUUAAGCAAGAUACAGACUUUAUCAUUCCUGUUGGUGGAAUUCAAAUUAAAACAAAAAGAUCAAGAUUAAUGGAUGAAGUAUCAUCAGAAUGCAGCAGCUCUCCUGGUUCAAAAACACCAAGUCUUGUUGCAAGAUUAAUGGGUCUUGAUCUUCUUCCAGAAAACUCAUCUCCAAGAACUUCUUUAUCAUCUCCAAGACCUUCAUCUUCUUCCUCUCAUGCCACCCCAUCAAACCCUCUUUCAAAAUUAUCAUCACAUAACAUUAGUACGCACUCCUUGCCGGCGACACCACGGAUAUCGACCGCCGCCAGGCCGUCGACGGAAGUGGACUAUCACCACCGCCUUUCCCUCCAAACCACUAAAGAAAACAGGCGGAAAUAUGGUGAGUCGACUACAAGCGAGUAUGCGAAGCAGAUUGCGCAACAAGUUAGGGAAAAUAUCAGCAGGAGAGUUGGUGCCGAUAUUACCAACACCAUGAAAAGGAAAGAACAUAGAAGAGAUGAGUGUCUUGUGGUACUCAAACCGAAGAGACAAUCACUACCACCAUCCGCCAUUAAUUAUUUCGAUGAUCAAGGACAUGUACGAGCAAAAGAAAAUGAACCAGUUCCACUAUCUUGCUCAUCGAGGCUCAAAUUACUGGAGAUCAAGAGCAAUUUCAAUAAACCCAUCUCAAAUUCAGCAAAAACUUCGCCAUUAUCAUCAUCUACAGAAGUUAUGAAAAGUCCAUCGUCAUUAUCAUCAAGCAGAUCACCACAAUUGAUCAAGGAGGAAGUACAAGUGGUGAAGCAGGAGAAUCCAGUGAUGAAAGUGCAAAAAUGCAAGAGAAUCGCAAGUGAAAAAUAUGAUUUGAGAUUGAAAAAAGUGCAUCAACAAGAAGAACCAUUGACGAAGAAAUGCAACAAGAAGUCAACUCCAUUAUCAAAUCAUCUUGUGAAUGUCAACACAACAACAAAAUUUAUUUCUUUCAAGAAAGACAUAGACAUGGCGUCUCCUUCCUCAACAACAUUAUCUCAAAAACAAGUGCCAUUAGAGAGCAUCACACAGUUACCUAGUUGUCAGAGCCGGUCAUACAAAGAGACCCACAAGCUCUGGUUCCAAGAUAACGUCAGUAGUAAUGGUAACGGUGUGGCCGCCAUUACCACCACCACAACCGGUGGUCGUUUGGUUUCCGACUAUCUUGAGUACAUUUCAAGAAUCCUCAGUCACGCCGGAAUUGAAAAAACCACCCCAAUCUCCGUCACCCAUUGGUAUUCCCCAUCCCACCCUCUCCACCCUUCAAUUUUCCAUCAGUUGGAAAAACUCAUUAACCCCACAGUCACCACCAACUUCAUCACUCGGAAACUCAUAUUCGACGUAGCAGACGAGCUUCUUGUGGAAAUCUUGAAGCCUUACAUAAGUUUUAAACCAUGGGCGGCGGGACGGAAUUCAUAUAAAAUGUACGGGUCGGAACUGAUCGGAAAGUUAUGCGAAAAAGUUAGUUCUUUUCCCGCGGCAGAUUGCCGGGUGUUGGAAGAUAUUGACGCUGUGAUUGAGGGUGACAUGAGGAGCUGCACUAAGGUGAUCGGAGAGAUAGCAUUUGUGGAGGAGGCGGAGGAGCUGGUGGCGGAGAUGGAACGUGACAUGGUUGACACGCUGGUGAAUGAGAUGGCAGGGAUAAUAUGGCACGUUGGUUGCGGAGGCAGGAUCUGACUGAGGUCACAUGGUUGAUUCACGUGAUCAGAUGCCAUUCGUUAAGGGGUGCACGUGAGGGGUCCAAAGUAAAAAAGAACGGAACUCAAAGUGUUUUAAGAUAUGGCUCAAAAAGAAGGGACACAUCCCCCAGCUUUACAAGGCCAUCUAAAGAGUCACAAUUAAGCUUCAUGUUUCUUUCCCUUUGUAAACAUUACAUUUUAGAUUAGUUAAGUUGUGUGCCACUUUCUUGUUGCUUCUAAAACUUGUUAAUUCUCCAUGUGUGCUUCCAUCAAUUAAAACAAGAAUGUAAAC